CUCACAUGUUCGUCUUGUUUCAAGAGGAGAUUUCUAUUGAUUUACUCACAGCUAAGGUUGUGUGUGAGAGAGCCCCAGCUGUUGAAUGGAUGGGGGCAAGCGCCAGCCUGUGUCAAGCUGGGCAUUGUGAACACGGAAGGAGGUUUUGUGGAAGGUGUCAAUAAAAAGCUGGGUCUUUUUGGGGACUAUGUGGACAUCUUCAAAGGAAUCCCUUUUGCUGCGCCUACAAAGACCCUUGAAGACCCCCAGCCUCACCCAGGCUGGCCAGGCACCCUGCAGGCCAAGGAGUAUAAGCCCCGCUGCAUGCAGUCCACGCUCACUCAAACAGACAUCCGUGGCAGUGAAGAUUGCCUCUAUCUCAACAUCUGGGUCCCCCAAGGGAAAAAACAAGUCUCCACCAACUUGCCGGUGAUGAUCUGGAUUUACGGGGGAGCCUUUCUCUGGGGAGGCGGCCAGGGUGCCAACGUCCUGAACAACUAUCUCUACGACGGGCAGGAGAUUGCCACCCGCGGGAAGGUCAUUGUGGUCACCUUCAACUACCGCCUUGGACCUCUGGGCUUCCUCAGUACAGGAGACGCCAGCCUUCCGGGUAACUAUGGCCUUAAAGACCAGCACAUGGCCAUCGCCUGGGUCAAGAGAAACAUCAAAUCCUUCGGCGGGGACCCUGACAACAUCACCAUCUUCGGGGAGUCUGCUGGUGCUGUCAGCGUCUCCUUACAGACACUGUCGCCCUACAACAAAGGAUUGAUCAAGCGGGCUAUCAGCCAGAGUGGAGUCAGCCUCUGCAAUUGGGCCAUUCAGGAGAAUCCCCUCUUCUGGGCCACCAAGGUAGCGCAAAUUGUUGGCUGCCCGACAGACAACACUACGGCCAUGGCGAACUGCCUUCGGAUUACUGACCCCCAAGCGCUGACCCUUGCUUAUCACCUGGAGGUGGUUAACCUGCGCUAUCCUCUUGUCCAUUAUCUCGCCUUCUCCCCGGUGGUCGAUGGGGAUUUCCUCCCAGAUCACCCGGAGAAUCUCUUUGCCAACGCCGCCGACAUCGACUACAUCGCAGGGGUGAACAACAUGGAUGGGCACUUCUUUGCUUCGAUUGACAUGCCCGCCGUUAACCGCCCACUAGUGAAGAUCACAGCGGAUGAAGUAUAUCACGUGGUUCAGGGCCUGACCGUGGAGAAGGGAGUCGCUGGAGCAAAUGCAACCUUCUCCCUUUACACCCAGAUGUGGACUGCCUCUGUGGACCAAGAAGUUAUGAAAAGGACAGUGGUGGACUUAGAGACUGACUACAUAUUCCUGGUUCCCACCCAGCGGGCACUUGAUCUCCAUUACCAAAAUGCCAAGACUGGCAAAACUUACAGCUACCUGUUCUCCCAGAUGUCUCGAAUGCCCGUUUACCCUAGCUGGGUCGGGGCUGACCACGCCGAUGAUCUUCAGUACGUCUUUGGGAAGCCUUUUGCGACUCCCCUGGGCUACAAGCCACAGCACAGGACAGUUUCCAAGGCCAUGAUUGCUUACUGGACAAACUUUGCCAGAACAGGUGACCCAAACAAAGGUGAAUCAGACGUCCCCAUUGGCUGGGUGCCCUAUGACACUCAGCAUGGCUACUACCUAGAGAUCAACAAGGACAUCAACUACGAGUCAGUGAAGCAAGCCUUGAGGGGGCCUUACGUGAGCUUCUGGAACGGCGCCUACCGCAGGCUGCCCGAUACCGUCGUCACCAUGGACCUGAAGUAGGAACAGCUUUGGGACCAAUCUCCUCCCUCCCCCAAGAAAAAAAGGUAGACUCUGAAUAAAUCAUUCUUGACUCU